AUGGAUUCAGGGUAUUCGAUUUCUUUGCCAUGGCUGACCAGGAUUCAAAUAGCACUUGGUGCUGCGAAAGGAUUAGCCUUUCUUCAUGGGGAGGAGAAACCCGUCAUUUAUCGCGAUUUCAAAACCUCGAAUAUUUUAUUGGGAUCGGAUUAUACUGCUAAACUAUCAGAUUUUGGGCUAGCAAAGGAUGGUCCUGAAGGAGAUGAGACACAUGUCAGCACUCGAGUGAUGGGUACACACGGUUAUGCUGCACCCGAGUACAUCAUGACAGGUCAUCUGACCACCAUGAGCGACGUUUAUAGUUUUGGGGUGGUUUUACUAGAGCUAUUAACGGGCAGAAGAUCGAUGGACAAAAGCCGACCAAGUAGAGAGCAAUGUCUAGUGGAGUGGGCAAGGCCACUCUUGAAAGAUUCAAACAAUCUUGAYAGAAUCAUGGAUCCUAAACUAGACAACCAUUAUCCAGUAGUGGCGGCAAAGCGGGCGGCAGCUUUGGCUAGCAGAUGCCUGAGCCACCACCCAAAAUGCAGACCUGCCAUGAAUGAAGUGGUCAAGACCUUGGAAAAUGUACUGGAAUUAAAUGAUUUCCAAGAUGGUUCCUUUGUGUAUAUUGUUCCUAAAGAAGGAAGUGAUCAGUUGAGUGUAAAGAGAGAAAAAGGCGAAGAAACAGAUGACGGCAAAGAGAAAGACCAAGAUAAUGACAAUAGUAGUAAUGGCGGUGAGGAGAAGGUGGAGGUGGAGGUGGUGGUUAAAAAGAAAGAAAAUGGCCGCCGGCGGGAGCCUGAAAGGAAAGGUCACAGGCAUAAGCACAGGAUAAGAUCAAUGAGGUCUCGAGCAGUAUAUUCGGAUACAGCUCUGUAUAAGAACUUCAAGAAGGGUUCCAAUUCUCCAUUGUUACCCCAACCCAAAGAAAAUGGGGGUGUGAAACUGUUAAACUGUUGAUUUUACUUUUAGGGUAGUUUUUAAAGAUUGUUAUUUCUUUACAUAUACCUUCUAAGAAAAGAAAAGAAGAGAGGUUUAUUUGGUU